AGCUAGGGCUUAGGGGGACACAGAGUAUAUGGAACACAGCCUGGAUCUCCUGAACCUCCUGCUGGAGUUUUCCCGAGUUAAAGCCGGAGUUAAAGGGUUCGAGUUGAAGUCAGCUCUUCCUCGUGUUUAUCUUUCUCUGUGUGUCUGUGUAAAAUGAAACUCCGGGAUUUGGCUGUGAUUUCGGUCCUGCUGGUCUUCUUCCGCUGGGUGGAUGUUUCAGCUCAGACCACGCCGACCAGCUGUGCUGCGAAAUCCAACACCAGCUGUGAGGAAUGUCUGUCUAACGUCACUUGUUUGUGGUGCAUCACUAAUCAGAAGUGUGUGGACUAUCCGGUCCAGAGCGUCCUGCCCCCGGCGAGUGUGUGUGGUCUGUCUGACGCGCGCUGGGGGAAGUGUUGGGUGAACUUCCAGGUGCUCAUCAUCACUCUGUCAGUGGUUGCCGGGGCGAUCGUCAUCGCGGUCCUCGUCUGCUGCUUCUGCUGCUGCAAAUGUGAAAACAUUGGGUCCAGAAAGGCUGAUGAGAGGCUGGAGAGACAGGCUGACCUGAGAAGAGUCCGGCAGGAGGAGAGGAGAGCACAGAUGAAAUCAAGACAUGAUGAAAUUCGCAAGAAAUAUGGCUUGAUGAAGGAUAAUCCGUACUCCAGGUUUGAGAAUAACUGAGGAGCUCCAGUUGACCCUCUGAACGUCCACACUCCUGUAGAAACUGAUCCACUGCACUGAUUUAAUCUCCGACAGUUUCACUCUUUAUCUCUGAUUUGUCUCUGUAAACAUGCUGCUUUAGUCAAAGAGCUCUGUCAGAGUCUGCACUCUGAGCCUGAACUGCACUGUAAAUCCACAGCAACCUGCCCCCUCUCUCCUGCUCAUAUUGGAGGGGGUGUUCUUCAGAAAAUACACUAUAUUGCCAAAAGUAUUCGCUUAUCUGGCUUCACACAAAUAUAAACUUGAGUGAGAUCCCAUUCUUAAUCCAUAGGGUUUAAUAUGAUGUUGGCCCACCCUUUGCAUCUAU